AUGCGGCUCACCAGCGAGCUCAUCCACGAUUCCCUAUCCUACCUGAACCCGCUCAAGGAGCGCGAAUUAGAUCUCCGAGGACACAGGAUCCCUGCGAUUGAGAAUCUUGGUGUGGCGGGUCCGCACGACUCCAUCGACUUGACAGACAAUGAUAUACAAGUCCUAGGCAACUUUCCGCUCUCGCCGCGCCUCACGACGCUUCUCUUGGCGAGGAAUCGAAUUGCGAGCAUCCAGGCUAGUCUGCCGAGUGCUGUGCCGAACCUGACGAAUCUUGUGCUGGCAUCGAACAAUUUUGCGGAACUGGCCGACUUGGACACGCUCAAGGGGUUUGAGAGGUUGACGCAUUUGGUAUUGGCGGACAGUCCGGUGACCAAGAAGGAGCACUACCGCUACUGGAUCCUUUGGAGAUGUCCUACCGUCCGUUUCUUGGACUACGCCAAAGUAAAGGAAGCCGAGAGGGCGCGAGGGCGGGAGUUGUUUGGAUCGGCAGAAGAGCCCACGGCUUUGGCGUUGGAGAUUCUGGGCAAGAAGUCCAAGACGUUUGACGUGUCGGCCAAUGGCGCCGCACAGACGUCCAAACUGUCGAGGAUAAAACUUACAGACGACGAGAAGAAGAGGCUGCAGGACAAGAUUAAAAAGGCUACUAGUUUGCAGGAGAUCAUUGCCUUGGAAAAGGAGUUGAACGAGGGGCGGUUACCGGCUGGCAUUCACGCCGACGCCAUGGAGGAAUAG